AAACACUCAUACGAGAUUUCGGAUGAGUCACAACAAAUCGCAUCGGAGCAAAGCAAAAACAACCGAGAAAAAACGGUAGUGAUUCAGAAAAGUUGUGCAUCCGGAGUUGAUAUCCUCACAGUUUGUAUUAGCCACAGCUAAAACACAUCACGUUCCUCAACCAUGGAGUGGCUGUUCGGGAAGCGCAUGUCGCCGGACGAGAUGAUGCGGAAGAACCAGCGGGCGCUCAACAAAGCGAUGCGCGAUCUGGAUCGGGAAAAGAUGAAAAUGGAACAGCAGGAGAAGAAAAUCAUUGCCGACAUUAAGAAGCUGGCGAAGGAAAACCAGAUGGACGCGGUGAAGAUCAUGGCGAAGGAUCUCGUCCGGACGCGGCGCUACGUGCGGAAGUUUAUGCUGAUGAAGGCCAACAUCCAGGCGGUAUCGCUCAAGAUACAGACGCUGAAAUCCCAGAACGCGAUGGGCGAGGCGAUGAAGGGCGUCACGAAGGCGAUGACCAACAUGAACCGCCAGCUAAACAUGCCACAGAUCCAGAAGAUACUGCACGAGUUCGAGAAGCAGUCGGAGAUCAUGGACAUGAAGGAGGAGAUGAUCAACGAUGCGAUGGACGAUGCGAUGGAGGACGAAGGCGACGAGGAGGAAACCGAUGCCAUCGUGUCGCAGGUGCUGGACGAGCUGGGCCUACAGCUGAACGACCAGCUGUCCGGACUGCCUCAGGCGUCAGGUUCGUUGGCCGUGUCCGGAGCGAAAGUUCCUCAGGCGGCAGCAGUGGGAGCGGCUGGUGGUUCCGGCGGAGCUGGAUCUCCCGUGUCGGACGCAGAUGCCGAUCUACAGGCACGAUUGGACAAUCUCAGACGAGAGUAACCGUGUUUUCGGGCUGGCAUGAACGAUCCUGGGUUACGUCUCAAGUGAGCGCGACGCGCAGUUCGCGCAACGAUCACGUAGCGGGUUCGUUAAUAUACGCUCCUGUAUGUUGUAAGUCAUUAAGGACGAUAAUUUUGUUUGAGCUUGUUUUAUUUUCCUUUAAAUCGUAAGUUGUACUCCCCUUUUGAUGCUGCUUUAUUUUGUCGCAAUCAACGCGAACGUGAAUGUAUAUAUGAGAAUAAAGUACCGAAAAUGGUUCGGCGCGUCC